ACUUCCUUUUCUUUUUCCCUACUUCCUCUCUCCGCCUCCGCCUCCGUGAGGCUCAUUCCCUCUCACAGCAGGUCAGAAGUGAGGGAUGGGAUUCCCCCUCACAGUCCGAAGUGAAUAACCGCUGGGAGCUGCGCGCCCCGCCGUGAGCUGCGGGAGCCCAGGCGAGGUUCGACUCAGAUUGCUGCUUGCCACCGAUGCCUUGUCCUGGAGCUUGAAUCGGAAGCCUGCCCGGAGUAGUUUGGUGAUGGCCGGGUUUCUCCCGAAAGGACUUUAGCAUCCAUUCUGUCUCCUGUGAACCUCGGAACCCGAGUCAGAAAAGCGACUGCCAUCUUACUCCAAGAUGUCAGGGAUUGGAAAUAAACGAGCUGCUGGAGAGCCAGGCACAUCUGUGCCUCCAGAGAAAAAGACAGCUGUUGAAGAUUCAGGAACCACAGUGGAAACAAUUAAGCUAGGGGGUGUCUCUUCAACGGAGGAGUUAGACAUUCGAACACUGCAAUCCAAAAAUCGUAAGCUAGCAGAAAUGCUGGACCAGAGACAGGCCAUUGAAGAUGAGCUUCGGGAACACAUUGAAAAACUGGAGCGACGCCAGGCCACUGACGAUGCCUCACUGUUGAUUGUGAACCGGUACUGGAGCCAGUUUGAUGAAAACAUCCGUAUCAUCCUUAAACGUUAUGAUCUGGACCAGGGUUUGGGAGACCUACUCACAGAAAGGAAAGCCCUGGUUGUGCCAGAACCAGAGCCUGACUCUGAUAGCAAUCAGGAGCGCAAAGAUGACCGUGAGAGAGGGGAAGGUCAAGAGCCAGCUUUCUCUUUCCUUGCUACCUUGGCCAGUAGUUCCAGUGAAGAGAUGGAAUCGCAGCUUCAGGAGCGUGUGGAGUCCUCCCGCCGUGCUGUGGCCCAGAUUGUGACAGUCUAUGAUAAAUUGCAAGAAAAAGUGGAACUCUUAUCCCGGAAACUGAACAGUGGAGAUAACCUGAUAGUGGAGGAAGCGGUGCAGGAGCUGAACUCCUUCCUUGCACAAGAGAAUGUGAGGCUGCAGGAGUUGACAGACCUCCUUCAGGAGAAGCAUCACACCAUGUCUCAGGAGUUCUGUAAGCUGCAGGGUAAAGUAGAGACAGCCGAGUCACGGGUGUCUGUCUUGGAGUCCAUGAUUGAUGACCUGCAGUGGGAUAUUGACAAAAUUCGAAAGAGAGAACAGCGGCUCAACCGACAUUUGGCUGAAGUCCUAGAACGGGUGAAUUCAAAAGGCUAUAAGGUAUAUGGAGCAGGGAGUAGUCUCUAUGGAGGUACAAUCACCAUCAAUGCCCGGAAGUUUGAGGAAAUGAAUGCAGAGCUUGAGGAGAACAAAGAGUUGGCUCAGAACCGCCAUUGUGAGCUAGAGAAACUUCGUCAAGACUUCGAUGAGGUCACUACACAGAAUGAAAAGUUGAAGGUGGAAUUGCGGAGUGCAGUGGAGGAAGUGGUUAAGGAAACUCCAGAAUAUCGCUGCAUGCAGUCACAGUUCUCUGUCCUAUACAAUGAAAGUCUACAGUUGAAAGCCCAUUUGGAUGAGGCUCGGACUCUGCUUCAUGGCACCCGGGGAACUCAUCAGCGCCAGGUUGAGCUCAUUGAGCGAGAUGAGGUUAGUCUACAUAAGAAGCUGAGAACUGAAGUGAUCCAGCUGGAAGACACCUUGGCCCAGGUCCGCAAGGAGUAUGAAAUGCUGAGGAUAGAGUUUGAGCAAACACUUGCUGCCAAUGAACAAGCAGGUCCCAUAAACCGGGAGAUGCGCCAUCUCAUUAGCAGCCUCCAGAAUCACAACCACCAGCUGAAGGGGGAGGUCCUGAGGUAUAAACGGAAACUGAGAGAGGCACAGUCCGACCUGAACAAGACUCGUCUGCGCAGUGGCAGUGCCCUCCUGCAGUCUCAGUCUAGUACUGAGGACCCCAAGGAUGAACCCACAGAACUAAAACAAGAUUCUGAGGAUCUAUCCACUCAUUCUUCAGCAUCGAAGGCAUCUCAGGAGGAUGCCAGUGAAGUUAAGUCCAAACGGGAUGAAGAAGAGAGAGAACGAGAAAGGAGGGAGAAAGAAAGAGAGCGAGAACGAGAACGAGAAAAGGAAAAGGAGAGAGAACGAGAGAAACAGAAACUGAAAGAGUCAGAAAAAGAGAGAGAUUCUGCUAAGGAUAAGGAGAAAGGGAAGCAUGAUGAUGGAAGGAAAAAGGAAGCAGAAGUUAUCAAACAGCUGAAGAUUGAGCUCAAGAAAGCACAAGAGAGCCAGAAGGAGAUGAAACUGCUGCUAGAUAUGUAUCGAUCUGCCCCCAAGGAGCAGAGAGACAAAGUACAGCUAAUGGCAGCCGAGAAGAAGUCAAAGGCUGAGUUGGAAGAUCUCAGGCAAAGACUCAAGGAUCUGGAGGAUAAGGAGAAGAAAGAGAACAAGAAAAUGGCUGAUGAGGAUGCCUUGAGGAAGAUCCGUGCAGUAGAGGAGCAGAUUGAAUACCUACAGAAGAAGCUGGCCAUGGCCAAGCAGGAGGAAGAAGCUCUCCUCUCUGAGAUGGAUGUCACAGGACAGGCCUUUGAGGACAUGCAGGAGCAAAACAUCCGUUUGAUGCAGCAGUUGCGGGAGAAGGAUGACGCAAAUUUCAAGCUAAUGUCAGAGCGAAUCAAGUCCAAUCAGAUCCAUAAGUUGCUUAAGGAGGAAAAGGAGGAGCUGGCUGAUCAGGUUUUGACACUGAAGACUCAGGUGGAUGCCCAGCUACAGGUAGUAAGAAAACUGGAAGAGAAGGAACACCUGCUUCAGAGUAACAUUGGCACAGGGGAGAAGGAGCUGGGCCUUAGGACUCAGGCCUUGGAGAUGAAUAAGCGUAAGGCAAUGGAGGCAGCCCAGCUUGCAGAUGACCUCAAAGCACAGCUGGAACUGGCUCAGAAGAAGCUCCAUGACUUUCAGGAUGAAAUCGUGGAGAACAGUGUCACCAAAGAAAAGGACUUGUUCAAUUUCAAACGAGCACAGGAGGACAUCUCUAGGCUUCGAAGGAAGCUGGAGACCACCAAGAAGCCAGACAAUGUGCCCAAGUGUGAUGAGAUUCUGAUGGAGGAGAUAAAGGACUACAAGGCUCGCCUGACCUGCCCCUGCUGUAACAUGCGUAAAAAGGAUGCAGUGCUUACCAAGUGUUUCCAUGUUUUCUGCUUUGAGUGUGUGAAGACUCGCUAUGACACUCGCCAGCGCAAGUGUCCCAAGUGUAAUGCUGCUUUUGGUGCCAAUGAUUUCCAUCGCAUCUACAUUGGCUGAUCACAGUCAAGAAAGAGGAGCUGGCUAGUCAUAGAAACCGAAGAUGGAAAAGACCCGAGGACAUCUAGUCCAUCCCCGUGGUUGUACAAGAAAAGUGGCUGGAGCAAAACAGCCUGUUCACAUCAUGCUCACAAGACAGCGUUUCAGUUCUUGGAGCGGAGCAGUUGCACACACACUGAAAUGAAGACGCAGAGCAAAUACUCUUCACAGACCUUAAGGAAAUACUUAGAAGUACUUCAUUUUCAUAAAAUGAUUGGCAACUAAACGAAAGAGAGUGAGGGAAUUCCAAGAUAGGAUGUGUUUGGCAGAAAUGGGAGAGUGGGGUGGGGAGAAAGGCACAACAAAACAAAGCAGGUGGUGAAGUGGUUUUAAUGACUAGAAAAGCAAUUCUGCUGAAGACAGUGGAUUUGCAGGGUUGCCUUUCCAAAGAUGAGAGGAAAAGAGACUCCAAAGUAGUUUCCUUUCCUUUCUUGAUCCACCCAAAGGGGUGCUCAACCAUGCCCUAAGGUUCUAGCAGAUCCAACACUGUGGAGUUACCUUGAUGAUUCAGUUCUGGUCUGCAUGGCUCCACAUACCAUUUCUCAGCUAUAAAGGAAGCAGCCAUCCCUGAACAGGGUUUGUGCAAAUUGUGUGUAUAAUAGGAAAUCCUGGUUUAGUACAGACCCCACUUUCUUAGGUCUGUGUGGCUUCCUCCUUGGCUGUGCCAGCUGUUCUAAUAUGCUUUUAUCGUUAGAGGAAUACUUCUUUUCCUCUGUGGCAAAUACAUUGUGGAACCUGUAGUCGAAGAAACCAGCUUACCCAACCAUGCUUUGUGUGUUUCCUAUGUCAGGCUUCCUUGGAGAAUGGGCCAUAUCCCCUUGAAAUGUGUGUGGGACAGUUGGCCAAUCUUUUCCAAGUUUUCUAGUACCAGAGCCUGGAUGGGAAUAGAGGAUUUCCUGAUUCCACAAAAUGGGAGUUCAGGUGGCAAGGCAGCAUCCCUUAGUUCAUUACAACAGCAGUGCCCCUGGAAGCUUUCUGUGAACCUGAGGGAUAGGUGAGGGAACUGAGGUGGAGCAGAACAAAAGUUUGGAAGGACUCUCCCUUUCAUGAAAUCUUUGUACAAAACACAGCACUGUUUCACAAAUUGCAA